ACUCACCAAUCACCAACCAUGUUUAAAAACGGGGGAAUGGCUGUGGCCACGAGCAGCCGAUACCUCAGCACCUCAUGUACAAGAUUUUCUAACAUAGGAAGACAACCCAUAAGAAUCGGUAGCGAUGUUGAAUGUGCCACCUACCAGAUCCCCUAUGAGUUCUGUAAGACGUUUACAAAAGGAAAAGAUACGAUAAAUUUGGACCAACAAGUGGUGAUAAAAGGCCCCAAGGGCGUGAUGAAGUUAGCAUUACCAGGAUUCGUCAAGGUAUUGAACGAAAACGACCUCAUUUCUGUGAGUGUGGAAGACCCUACUAAUAAGAUCCAAAGAGCCAUGUGGGGGACCUCCCGAGCCUUGAUUCAGAACAACGUGAUUGGAACCUCUGAAGGUCAUUUGGCGGUUUUGCGGUUCGUGGGAACCGGUUACAGAGCUCUUCUCGAAACAGAUGAAAACGGCACUAAGGUGGUGGCCCUCAAGUUGGGAUACCCAUACACCCCCAAAUUAAGAGUUCCAGUCGGAUUGACGGUGUCGUCGCCCAACCCAGCCAGAUUGUUGAUCGAAGGUGUUGACAAGCAACAGGUGAAGUUGUUUGCUGCUAGAAUCAGAGAAUUCAAGAAACCGGAGCCAUACAAAGGGAAAGGAAUCUUUGUAGAUGGAGAAUCCAUCCAUUUAAAGGAAAAGAAGAUUAAGUAGAAUAAGUGAUGACUGGGGUGAGCGUCGCUAGAAUAGCUUGUGUAUAGUCGUUCAUAAUGAACAUUAUUAUUAGGUUGUGAUAUUGUAGGAUCACUUAUGAUG